AUGGAGCAGUUCCCUCGAAAAUACGGAUAUGGAAGUCAACUCAGCUUCGAGUUCAAGGACUCUGUCCACAACUUGAGCAGAACACAGCAGACCAAACUCACUGUGGGCAGACUGGGAUUAGGCCUGAUCAUCGUCCAGCAUGGGCCCUACCUCCAGAUUACCCACCUCAUCAGAAAGGGGGCUGCAGCCAAGGAUGGGAAACUCAAGCCAGGUGAUGUUCUGAUUAGCGUUGGCCAUGCCAAUGUAUUAGGGUAUACUCUACGAGAAUUUUUAAAGCUUUUGCAAAAUAUCACCAUAGGAACAGUGCUACAAUUCAAGGUGUACCGAGAUUUUAUUGCUAUACCCCAAGAUUGGCAAGAAAUAUAUGAUUUAAUCCCUGAGACCAAAUUCCCAGUUACACGUUCACCAAAGAAAACUGAGCAGGAAAAAGAUGAAUCUUUCUCAAGCAGUGAUGACAAUGAAGACGUAGUUUCAGAUAAAAAACUUAAGUACUACAGAUAUCCACAGUCACCUGGGCAUCACUCUGCCAGAAGACCAGUAUCUAUCUCCAGAGAAUGGCACAGGUAUAAAAAGAAGAGCCGUACUGUUAGUGUCGGAAAAGACAUCAACUGUGACGUGAUGAUUCAUGGAGAUCAUAAGAAAGAAGUGAGAGCCCCAUCUCCAUACUGGACAAUGGUGAAGAUGGACAAAAGCUCCUCUUCCUCAGUCUCCUCUACCUCAGAUGUAUUUUGGCUGGAGGACUGUGCCCAAGUUGAGAAGGUUGGUUAGGCAAUAGUUUGCAAAUAUGUGGUCAUACGAACAUUUUUUAAAACACCCGAUUUCCGUGCCUUGCCAUGUACAAGUCUGCAGGAAUUCUUACAGGAAUUAUGUGCAGACUUAUCAAUUCUUUUUCAUGACUGUGGAAAAGCCUUUAGAGACCUUCAGUGAGAAAGUGAAAGACUUCCCUGGGGUCUCACAGAUCUUUUUCUCAAAAUAGCAAUUCAAGUCAUUAAGACCCUCUGAGAAUUUCCCAUCUUUUAGAAAAUGUGGUAGAGGAAACCAUUAUCAGAAUAUAUGAACAUGGUAGAGAACUUCACUUGUUGAGGUAAAUACCAUAUUUUCUUUAGAUAUUUAGAUUAUAUUCUUUGGGUAGUUAUUCAUAUUAGCAACCCUUCAGCCCUACUGUUACUUUGAGUGUUGGCCUGAUAAUUAUUUGAAAGAGACAGGAUUGAAACAGAUGAGAAAUAGAAGAGAAAAAUGAGAACUGCCACAGUGAAAAUAAAUCAGAAAUAUAAUGUAACAGUUACAUGGCAUGAAUCAUAGGGAAUUUAUGUUUUUCAGAAAUGAUUUCACUGUAAAAGAAAGGCAAAGAGGUUUUACCCAGAUCACUUAAUUGUUGUUAUCCCAAAUGACAUCUUAAAAUGUCACCAAUAAUAAUCUGGAAAUUUUCACCCUGGUAGUUGCUUAGACUCAAUUUUAAUAAUUUCUGAUGCUUCUUAAUUGAUAUGAUUGAUGGACUAAAUUAUUAGAUUCCUGCCUCCUUCCAGACAUCUAAAACAAAGAUCUCAAAAAAAUGGAGAGAGAAUAAAACAAAGAUCUCAGCAUUUAAUAAAUGCUUGUUGAUUAAACAGGAAAAAUGCAAGAAAAACAUUUAAGUAGAAUGUUUUAUUGACUCUAUGUCACCUGGGAUUAAUUACCUGCAUUUAUGUUUUAUAUUUUACUUGGUUGAGAAAAAAAGAUAAAUUAUUACAGACUGGAUGAGAAAAUGUUCCGCUCUCUCCCCUGCAGUAUGUGCUUCAGGGUUCCAACUCAUCAACAAAAGGUGUAUGCCCCAAAUUUCCACUCGCUGCCAUUGACUUCCGGCCAGAAACAAAUUUCUUUGCAGCCUUUACAUAAAACAGAAGACAGAAAGUUAAAAGAAAGUA